AUGAGGUGGUUCACCCCCGAACUGAAGAUGCUGCCCGGGUCAAACGCAUCCAACAAGCAGAAGGUGUUGGUUGUGGCGCUGGUGCUGCUGCCGGUUCUGCUGCCCCACGAGGUCCGCUGCGACCCUCCCAGCGUGCCCAGCGAGUGCUGCAUCCAACCGACGCGGGCCUGUCGCCUGCACCUGCUGCUGUGUCGCCCCAGCUCGGUCAGCGCCGGUCCGGCCGACGCCGCCGCCGGCAUCCUGACCUUGGGCAAACGGACGGAAGACGACCGCGUCUUCAACAGCCGCCUGCAGCAGCUCCUGCACGAGUCCCGGAACCGCGCGGCCGGCAUCCUCACCGUGGGCAGGAGGACCCAGAGCCUGUGGGGGUCUCCAUCCGACGCCACGCCCUCACCUGUUUGA